AUGAUGCUUUUCAAGAUUGUGGUACUUGGUGAUGGUGGUGUUGGAAAGACAGCAUUAACUAUCCAGCUUUGCUUAAAUCAUUUUGUUGAGACAUACGACCCUACAAUAGAAGAUUCGUAUCGUAAACAGGUAGUAAUUGAUGAUAAUCCGUGCAUAUUAGAAGUAUUAGAUACAGCAGGACAAGAGGAAUACACAGCUUUACGUGAUCAGUGGAUUCGAGAUGGUGAAGGUUUUUUGAUCGUUUACUCAAUUACUUCUCGUUCAACAUACGAUCGCGUUAAUAGGUUUAGAGAUCAAAUAUUUCGUGUCAAAGAUCUCGACAAGGUCCCCCUCAUUCUUGUUGGCAAUAAGAGCGAUAAAGUUACAGACAGAGAGGUUUCAAGAGAAGAAGGCGCGGCAAAAGCAAGAGCUCUACAUUGUGAUUUCGUUGAGACAUCUGCAAAGACCUGUGUUAACGUCGAACGAUCAUUUUACUCGGUCGUUCGACUUAUACGACAUGCACGCGAAGGAUUUAAAGACGGUAACACGACUAAAGGAAGAAAAAACGCCAAGAAAGAUAUCAAAUGUGCAAUACUUUAA